AAUUUUUCUUUCUUUUGCAUUUGAUAUUUCCAUCCAUUUGGAUUUUGUUUUUGUUUAUUUUUUCAUCGAAAUUUUGUGCUUCACACACUCACACACAUUCACCAUUUCAAUCAUGAAAUCAUCAUUACAAUUCUCGUUUUCAUCAUCAACAAAAUUAAUUCAGGUAGCCAAAAUGUUAACCACAUUGAUGACCAUCAUCAUGAUUAUGAUGCCUUUGGCUACAAUGGCCAUAAAAUGUUGGGAUUGUAAUUCAAUGAUCAAUAGAGGUUGUGAUGAUCCAUUUAAACCGGAUGAUUUUGCUAUGGCCGAUUGUAGUCAAAAACAUUUAUCAAGAUUUCCGGAUAAAGAAGGAAAUAUUUGUCGUAAAACAUUACAGAAAAUAAACGAUGAAUAUCGUGUAAUACGUGGAUGUGGUUAUAUCAAUGAUACAUUCGAUACGAUACCACCAGGUGCCGAAAUUGAAAAUGAAUGUUUACGUCGUACAGGAACAUUUUCCGUUAUGGUUGAAUUCUGUAUAUGUAAUGGUGAAGAUGGUUGUAAUCAUGGUUUAAAAAAUAAUUCAAUUAAUAAUAUUUUAUUAAUCAUAAUGUUAUCAUUAUUGAUUAUCAUUAUGUUUAUAAAAUAAUAAUAAUAAUAAUUACGCCAUUCUCAUCAAUCAAUCUAUAUAAAUAUGAAAAGAAGAAGAAGCUGCUAAACUACUAUUACUACUUUGAAUAAUUCUACAUUAUAAUCAUCAUCAUCAAUU